CCCGCAGACACUAAAAUCCCCUCUCGAUCAGGGUAGUCGAUUUAAGGCAGUUAUCAAUGGAUCGUUCCGCCCUUGUCUUUCUCCUUCUACUCGCCGCCUUCGCUGUCGCCGGAGCUGCCCCGACGACUGAGUUCGUGCGCGACGCCUGCAGGCGCACGCGCUACCCGGACCUCUGCGAGCAGUGCCUGGCGGCCUACGCCCAGGCGGUGCACCACAGCAAGCUCGCCCUCGCCCGCGCGGCCCUAUCCGUCAGCGCCGACCGCGCCGGCGCCGCCUCCUCCUUCGUCGGCCGCAUUUCGGCCUCGACCACCGGGUCCCGGAAGAGUCUCGAGGCCGGCGCGGUGCGCGACUGCGUCGAGACCCUGCGCGACGGCGUGGACCGCCUCCGGAGCUCAGCGAAGGAGAUGGCCGCCAUGGCCCGCGGCGCCGGCUCCCAGAGGAGCCGGUUCGUCUGGCACCUCAGUAACGUGCAGACUUGGGUCAGCGCCUCGCUCACCGACGAGACCACCUGCCUGGACGGCCUCGCGCAGUUCGCGGGCCCCGCCUUGCGCGCCGCUGUCCGGAAGAAGGUGGUGGAGGUGGCGCAGGUCACCAGUAACGCCCUCGCACUCGUCAACCAGCUCAGUCCCAGGAACUGAACUCUCGGGCCAUCCUCUGUUUUGACCCAUAUAUUUUGUCGUUCCCAUGCUUUGUGCGUAUGUAAAUAUAUGUAUAAUAAACGGAGGAGUCUGUGCGUUGAUGUGUUAGCUUUUCUCAAGGAAUUAAGCAGGUAUAAGUUGGGGUUUUGACAAGAUGAUGAAAACCCGAGUGGGUACUGGGUAUGUAAUGUACUAUCAACUUUUGUAUAUAUGUUUCACUCUUCUCUUAUCAUAAAAAUAAAAGGGAGGACAGAGCAUUUUAGUGCAUUAUAAUCAA